CAAAUGCGCAAACCAGGAUUAGGAGCAAGGCAUGAAACAUACAGAGAAUUUGUUGCUGCUGCUGCAUGACUGCAUGGAUUAUAUAUCUAUAAUGUUUGGUAGGUUAUUUAAGUAAUACUGAUCAUUUAAGCAUGGAUUCUCCAGAUGUUGUUGCAGACCAGCCUCUUUUUAAUGAAUCAGCAAAUGUGCCUGACGUAACAGCAGUUACUAUUUCAUAUCUCAUAUGCAUUUUCGGUGGCUUUUUGUCAGUUCUAAUAUUGUUUGGAAACCUACUUGUAAUAAUUUCUAUUGCUUACUUCAAACAGCUCCACACGCCCACAAACUUGCUGAUGCUCUCUCUGGCUGUGGCUGACCUGCUUGUUGGACUUUUAGUUUUGCCUUUCAGUGUCAUGCUCUUUGUGAGGUCGUAUUGGCAUCUUCAUGAUUUACUUUGUAAGGUACGCGGCAGUUUAGAUGCGCUACUGUGCAGUUCUUCCAUUUGGAGCUUGUGCUGCAUUUCUGUUGACAGAUAUUACGCAGUGUGUCAGCCUCUGAGAUACAGAACUAAAAUAAAUGUCCGUGUCGUUUGGAUCAUGAUUCUGGUGUCCUGGACUAUUGGCACUCUAAAUGGAAUUAUGCUCUCAUUAAAGGACAAAGGACAAAAAAGCAACACAUGCGCUUCAAUUCAAGUUCAAACACAGAAGACAAUAGUUUUGUCAGUUGUUUUUGCCUUUGGCAUCCCAGCUGUAAUAAUAUCUUCAAUCUACAUAAAGAUUUUGACGGUGGCACAGAAACAGGCACGCAGCAUCAUGAACAAUGCAAAAUCUUGUGCAAAUGUGAGUAAAAUGGAGAGAAAGGCGACUAAAACUCUGGCUAUUGUGGUUGGGGUUUUUCUCAUGAGUUGGACGCCUUACUUUCUGUGCAUCAGCUUUCAUCCUUUGAGUAAUUAUACAAUACCAGUUCAUGUUCUUCAAUCAUUUAAAUGGCUUGGAUGGUCAAAUUCAAUGUUCAAUCCGUUUAUUUAUGCUUUCUUUUACAGCUGGUUUCGAUCAGCUUUUAGGAUGAUCAUUACAGGGAAAAUAUUUACAGGUGAUUUUUCUAAUUCUAAACUCUUUUGAUUCACUGACUGUUCUAGCACUAAGAUUGAAUACAUUAUAUCUCACAUCUCUGUAUUCAUUUCGUGUAUUCAUGUCACAUUGUAUCUGUUUUUGCAAUGCAGUGUAUAGAAAACACACCGACAAGUGCAUAAUAUGUAAUGGGAUAUAUACGUCUUUAAAACAUUCGAUAAAAAAAUCUAUAAAGCUUAUAUUUAUCUCUUU